CCCCACCGGGUUCCUCUCGAGAGAGUCCCGUGGGAGGAGGUAGGGGCGGGCGAGACGCCUUGGAAAGCACCUUCCCCUUCUUCCUCGCCUCCGCACACAGCCAGUGGCUGGAGGCACAGCCCGGUGGUGUCACCGUGUCAGCGGAGACGGCUUCAUCCCAGGCUGGGCGCUCGCCGCAGUCAGGCUCUCCGCAGCAGCAGGAUCCUCCUGGCCGCGCUGUGCUCGCGCCCGGGUCUGCGCGUCUGCUCUCCAGCUCAUGCCCUUUGGAGCCGCGCACCCCGGGACUGCGGCAGCGCACACAGAGUGCUCAGUUGGCUGCGGGGCAGCUGGAGGCGGCGGCGGUGGCCAAAGUGAGCUGGAGGCAUGGGCCAGGCGGCCUGGAAGGGGUUCGUGUUGUCUCUGUUCGACUACAAGACAGCAAAGUUCGUGGUAGCCAAGAGCAAGAAGGUGGGGCUGCUCUACCGGGUGCUGCAGCUCACCAUCCUGUUGUACUUACUCAUAUGGGUGUUUCUGAUAAAGAAGAGUUAUCAGGACAUUGAUACUUCCCUGCAGAGUGCUGUGGUCACCAAAGUCAAGGGGGUGGCCUAUACCAACACCACGAUGCUUGGAGAACGGCUCUGGGAUGUGGCAGACUUUGUCAUUCCGUCUCAGGGGGAGAACGUUUUCUUCGUGGUCACCAACCUGAUCGUGACUCCUAACCAGCGGCAGGGCAUCUGUGCUGAGCGUGAGGGCAUCCCUGAUGGCGAGUGUUCAGAGGACACCGACUGUCACGCUGGGGAGUCUGUUGUAGCGGGGCACGGACUGAAAACUGGUCGCUGUCUACGGGUGGGGAACUCUACCCGGGGCACCUGUGAGAUCUUUGCUUGGUGCCCAGUGGAGACAAAGUCCAUGCCAAUGGAUCCCCUCCUGAAGGACGCAGAAGGCUUCACCAUUUUCAUAAAGAACUUUAUUCGCUUCCCCAAGUUCAACUUCUCCAAAGCCAAUGUGCUAGAAACAGGCGACAAACAUUUCCUGAAAACCUGUCACUUCAGCUCCACCAAUCUCUACUGCCCCAUCUUCCGACUGGGGUCCAUUGUUCGCUGGGCAGGGGCUGACUUCCAGGACAUAGCCCUGAAGGGCGGUGUGAUAGGAAUCCACAUUGAAUGGGAUUGUGACCUUGAUAAAGCUGCCUCCCACUGCAACCCACACUAUUAUUUCAACCGUCUGGACAACAAACACACACAAUCCAUCUCCUCUGGGUAUAACUUCAGGUUUGCCAGGUAUUACCGUGACCCUCAUGGGGUAGAGUUCCGUGACCUGAUGAAAGCAUAUGGCAUCCGCUUUGAUGUGAUAGUUAAUGGCAAGGCGGGAAAAUUCAACAUCAUCCCCACAGUCAUCAACAUUGGUUCUGGGCUGGCGCUCAUGGGUGCUGGGGCUUUCUUCUGUGACCUGGUACUUAUCUACCUCAUCAGAAAGAGCGAGUUUUACCGAGACAAGAAGUUUGAGAAAGUGAGGGGUCAGAAGGAGGAAGAUAAUGUUGAGGUUGAGGCCAACGAGAUGGAGCAGGAGCUGCCAGAGGACAAGCCACUGGAGAGGGUUCAUCAGGACGAGCAGGCCCUGGAACUGGCCCAGAGUGGCAGGAAGCAGAAUAGCAACUGCCAGGUGCUCUUCGAGCCUGCCAGAGAAAAGCGACAGGCCAUGCCUGCCAGAGUUCCUGACUGCCUUCUCUCUGCCUCUGUGUGCAUCCCUCCCUCAAGGUCUGGCCUCCAGGAGAAUGCCUUCGUGAACAUGAAGCCAUCACAGAUCUUGCAAACAGUGAAGACGUAGCCAGAGCUCUUGGCAGGGAACAGAGUCAAAGAUGUCUGGGCCAGGACAGGCCAAGGCUCUGAACUGGGGAGAGGCAUCUCGGUGGUGCCGGCUCAGGAUGAGGCUUCUGAGAACAGGUCCUUCAACUCCACCCAGCUUGGGUGGGAUCCUGCUGCAAGAUUUCAUGGAAGGCUUCCUGGUGGCCAAAGCAGCUCAGGAUGCAGGAAGGAGGCCUUGGGGCAGGCCCUCAGGGAAGGGGCAGGCCCUCAGGGAAGGGGCAGGCCUGGGGUUUCAGUGGUGGGUUUCUGUUCCUGACUCUGAGCCCAGCUGGACAUUUAUUUAUUUAUACAGGCAGUACACAUUUAUUGGUGCAUGCUGCACUUUAGUCCUAUCUGAGAGACUUAAAGGCUAUGCUGACCUGGCCCUAGGGUAGGGGGCACAGGGGGCACACAAGUUAACUCUCACCAGAGACGUCAUAGUCAACCCAGCCAGCCUGGCCUUCCUCCAGUCUCUAGCCAAGUCUUUGACAAGUCCCUGCAGAGAAAGAUGGCUGCUCAGAAAAAGCUGUUGGAUGACAUCCAGGGGACACUUAGCUCCACCCCCAGAUGUAACAAGUAAAGCUGGCCAAGGAGGCACCUGGAAAAAAGCUUAAGGGGAGAGCAAACACCCAGGGCUCCUAGUAAGACUGGGGAAGGAAGGCAAGCCAGCCACUACCGGAAGCCUAGCGUGGCUCUGGAAACUGACUUACUUGCCCAGGUGAGACAUGGACUUGUUUGUGUGGUUCAGCACUUGCUGUUUGGUUGGUGCUGGGAGUACCUGUCUGACUUCCUUCCUGCUCUCAGAAGCCCAGCCUUGAUGUGCUAAUGAGAUAAAGGAUAAUUUUCACUGAAAAGCUGUUUCUGACCUGUGCCCCAGUUCCUUAUUCCACUGCAUCUCAUUUCAUGGAACCCAAAGUGGGGUCCAUGGACCAGCAUCCAUGCUCCAGAGAGCCUGACAAAAGUGCAGGGCUGCAGGCCUCUCUCCUUAAUCCUUCCCUUAUGAGUUUCUUCAAGUUCCAAAGUGACUUGCA